GAAAUUUUCUUUUUUGGUUCGUAUUUUUGUUUCUCUAUGUUAACAUCCCUUCCUUUUCUCUUUCCGCACUGAACAAGUUGUACUGUGUUGGGUUGGUUAUUGCACGUGAUUAUCAAAAUGCAGGUGACGGUCAGAGGCCAGAAGAACCACAUCAUAGAAUGUGAAGGCAAUGAAUCCAUUGCCUUUAUCAAGGAGCGAGUAGCAGCGUUGGAGCAAUUCCCCAAGGAACUGCUGUAUUUUUACAAUUGUGGUACUCCUCUGACUGAUGACUCGUGUGUGGCUCAGCUACAGGGAGACUACAGCAUUGAUGUCACCGUUCCACUGCUUGGAGGUAAAGUCCACGGAUCUUUGGCUCGUGCUGGUAAAGUAAAAGGACAAACCCCCAAGGUGGAGAAGCAGGAGAAGAAAAAGAAGAAGACUGGACGAGCAAAAAGGAGGAUCCAGUAUAACAGACGAUUUGUCAAUGUAGUCCAGACUUUCGGUCGCAGAAGGGGACCUAAUGCUAAUUCAUAAAUUUGAAUAAAAUGUGUUGAAAUUUUAA